CCGCGUUGGGUAGAGGCGGCCACAGCAGAGCGUUCAGCUUGUUAUUCCGUACCGCGGGAGCCUAUCGGGAGCAGGAUGGCGGCUUCGGGAGAGGCGCGCCGGGUGCUGGUGUACGGCGGCAGGGGCGCUUUGGGCUCGCGCUGCGUACAGGCCUUCCGAGCCCGCAACUGGUGGGUCGCCAGCAUCGACGUGGUGGAGAACGAGGAGGCCAGCGCCAGUGUCAUCGUUAAAAUGACAGACUCGUUUACAGAGCAGGCUGACCAGGUCACUGCUGAGGUUGGAAAGCUCCUAGGUGAUCAGAAGGUGGACGCGAUUCUCUGUGUGGCUGGAGGAUGGGCUGGGGGCAAUGCCAAAUCCAAGUCACUCUUUAAAAACUGUGACUUGAUGUGGAAGCAAAGUAUGUGGACGUCCACCAUCUCCAGCCACUUGGCCACAAAGCACCUGAAGGAAGGAGGCCUCUUGACCCUGGCUGGGGCCAAAGCUGCCUUGGAUGGGACUCCUGGGAUGAUCGGCUACGGCAUGGCCAAGGGCGCCGUCCAUCAGCUCUGCCAGAGCCUUGCCGGGAAGAACAGUGGCAUGCCACCCGGGGCUGCUGCCAUUGCUGUGCUCCCGGUUACCCUGGAUACUCCGAUGAACAGGAAAUCAAUGCCCGAGGCGGACUUCAGCUCCUGGACACCCUUAGAGUUCCUGGUUGAAACAUUCCAUGACUGGAUCACUGGGAAUAAGCGGCCGAACUCAGGAAGCCUAAUCCAGGUGGUAACCACAGAAGGGAAGACAGAGCUUACACCAGCGUACUUUUAAACCUCAUCUCAGUGCCUGGGAGGGCCCUCCCGAAACAUCACUAACCUGGGUGUGGCCGCAUCUGGCCCCAUGUUUUCUGUAUUCAGUCCUGUUUGUCUCCUACAUAGUGUUCCUUUGCUGUCCUGGGACAGCGUGGUUAUGAGAAAUGAGCAGAGAGGACUGUAAGUAGCAGUACCAGUGCUGAGGCCUUGGGAGGUGUGUGCGCAGCUUACAUCACGGCAUCCUGGAUGGCAUUGGAGAUCCUUGAUAGUCCUCUCGUUUGUUGGCAUUUGGGGUGCUUUGAAGUCCAGUCUAUUUUUGAAUUCCAUGUUGGUGCCAUAGAUGUGAUUUUUGUGACCUGAAACUGAACUGCCUUGAAAAUUCUUUUGUGAUGUAAGCAAACCCAAUGGGCUCUGUCAUGAUGUCCUUUUGUGUCCCAGCCUAAGCUAAGUAUGCAGAAGAACCACUUUUGCAUGUUUGGUGUGUAUUUCCUAAUAAACACACUUCAUGUCUUGUGUUGUC